AUGGUAACUUCAAAACGAUCUGGUCAAUGUAUGUCACAUAUUACAUGUUGGCAUCCAUUAUUACCAGUGUUUUCAGCUCGAAUAAUUUUUGCUCUACGAACUCUACUAGGAAUUGCUUGUUGUGCGACAUUUACUCUUUCAUCUGUAACUUCAAAAAUUAUUCAAGGUCAACUUUUAUUAGGUAUUGGUUUUAUAGUUGGAAUUCGAAGUACACUUGGAGCAACAAUUCAAACAGCUAGUCGUCUUUUUCUAGCUGGUGGUAUUGCUGCAACUUAUUGUCUUUUUAUUGUAAAAGUCUUUCCAAAAGAUAUUUAUUUUGCUGUUGGUGCAACAAAUAUUUUUGUUUUAAUUAUUGUCUAUACAGAUUUACCAAUAACAGUUCGUCGUUAUUCUAUUUUACCAGUAUGUAUUAUACUUCUACAAUGGUUUACCAAAUCUUAUAUUGAUACUGUUUAUAUACUUCAUACAUGGGCAUCAUUAUCAAUUGGUGCUACAUUAGCCAUUAUCGUUUCUUGUAUUCCAUUACCUCUUUUACCAACAGCAUAUCGCGAAUUAACAGAACGUAUGAAAUUUAUAGCUCGACAGACACGACGUGAAAUAACAGCAACUGUUUUACUUAUAUCUGAAUAUCAUAAUGUACAUUUAAGUAAUAGCUAUAAUUUUGACAAUAAUCAAGCUAAAUAUAAAGCUCGAGCUAGUAAUAAUGAUGAUAUUGAUAUUCCAACAAAUUCUUAUCGUGAAGAUGAUCUUCGUGAAUAUUCAACAUCAUUUGAAAAUCUUAAAGAUGAUCAUUUACUUAAAAGUGAUAUACAAGAUUUACAUCUAUUAGUUAAUGAAGAAAUAAAACAUAUGCAACGUGCUUUAACAGAAAUUCCAUUUGAACCCUACUUUAUAUUAUUAAACAUUUUAAAUUUUAUAAGAAAAAUAUGUCGUUCAAUUCCAUUUAUAAGAAAAUUUAUUAAAAAAUCAUCAACACUUCAAACACGUUUAGAAGUAUGGGCAAUAGGUUUUGCUUCAUUACAACGAACAAUUACUGCAAUGUUAUCAUUAGAUCAUCAUCAUCAUGCAUUUGUUGGACAACGACCAUUAAUAAAUGCAAUAUGUCUUCUUCUUGAUUGUACAUUUAAUUUUUUGGAUUCUACACUUCCAUAUACAAUAUCAUCAACAAAUCAUUUAAAUACUGCACAAAUAAUAACAUGUCGUGCAAAAGUUGAAGAAGCAUUACAACAUUUUUUUGAAAUAUAUGCACAAGUACAUGAAAAUCGUUGUCAUUCAAAUAUGUCAAAUACAGAUUCAAUACUUUUAAAUACAUUUCUUUUACUUGUGCUACGUCUUGUUCAUGUUAUAAUAACAGCUGCUGAAACAAGUGAAACACCUGGUUCAUGUCUUGAUAUUGAUUCUGAACCAACAUUAAAUUCAUUUAAAUCAACAAGAUCAUCAAAUUUAAAAACUAUAUUUUAUAAUUUAGUAAAUUAUAUUGGUUUACGACCAUCAUUUGGUAAAUUUGUACGUGCUGUAAAAACAAGUUUAAGUGUACUUAUUUCGGCUAUUGUUGUAUUAAAAUAUCGUGAACGUUUACAAGCCUAUGGUUGGGUUUAUUGGGCACCAAUGACAACAGCAUUAGUUUCAGAUUCUUCUGAAGGUGGUACGAUUCGUUUAUCAUUUCAACGUUUAAUGGCUGUUUUACUUGGUUCAACUUAUGCAUAUAUUAUUGUACUUGUUGCACAUGAUAAAUUUUUUAUUGGAUUAUUUAUAUCAUUAUUUGUUGCAUUUAUGGGUUAUGUUAAAACAGAUGCACAAAAAGAAUAUUUUGCUAGUGUAUGUGCUCAAUCAGCAUCAAUAAUAACAUUUAUUUCUAAUCAAGAAGGAUUUGAAGGAUCGAAUAAAGCAGUUUUAGCACGAACAAGUUUAACUUUUUUAGGAAUAUUUAUUCAUGUUCUUAUUUCAAAUUUACUUCUACCAAUAUCUGCUCGAGGAUUAAUUAAAAAAAAAGUAUUAAUUAUGAUUGAUAGCGCAUCUAUGGCUUUAAAAUCAGUCAGUGAUGAUUUUUGUUCAUUUAUUGAACCAACUAUAACAGUAACAACAACAUCAACACCAACAACAGAUUCGAAUUUAAUCGAUCAACUAGCAAUACCAUCAAAUAAAACAUCUAUCAAUUUAAUGGAUACACUAGCAGAAACAGAACGUAUUGCAGAUGAUUUUCCAGAUUUACUUGAAGAAGCACUUAGUGAACCGAAUCUUUGGAAACGUCCAUUCAUAGAAGUUAAAGAUCGUUAUAAUGACAUGUCGAAAACAUUACGUCGAAUUCUUCGUAAUAUUCGAUUUGUUCAUCGAUGUACAACAAUACUUAAAGCAGAAACGAAAUUACAUCUAGUACAAGAAGCUAAAUGGGAACCUCAACGAACAAGUAUUGUUCCUAUUAAUAUUAAUGAUAAUACUAAUACACGAACAUCUCAUAUAUGGACAAUGACAGAAUUGCGUCAACAAAAACAAUUACAAAAUGAUCUUGAUAUACCAUUAACAAUCUUUAUGACACAUUCACCACGUUCAUCAGCACGAUUUGAAGGAAAUUCUAUAGUUUCAAUACAUUCAUCACCAUCACUUCGAUUAACAAAUACAGCAUCAUAUCAACCAGUUGUUGAACAUAUUUGUACACUUGAAAAACAUAUUCAACAAGUUCUAUCACUUACAAGACAAUUAAUUGAAAAACAAGCAACUGUUGAUGUUGGCUCAUUUGAAUUACAACAAUUAUGUCGUGAAGAUUCAUUUGAUGAAAAACAAAGAAAAAAAUAUCAAAAUAAAACUUUAAAUCGUCGUUCAUCAUUUUAUCCUAUAACACAAUUUGAAUCUAUACCAAUAUCAACAAAUCAUUAUAAAUUUUUUUCUUGUUGUUAUACUAAUGAACAAAAAGAUAAUCAACCAUUACCAUCAUUACGUCAUGUUGUAGAUUUAAUGCUUGCUGCAUUAAUACAAUUUCUCUAUGCAAAUAAUCAUUUUAUUCGUACGGAAUUAGUAUCAAUACAAUCAAUUGGACAUAUUUUAGCAUUUCAUACAUUAUCUUAUGCAUUGAAAGAUAUGGUAGAAGCAACAACUGAUUUAGCUAAAAAUGCACGAAGAAUAAAACAUAUUGAUACACGUACAUUGACACGUAUAGAUGGUGAAGAGAAGAGUACAUAG